CUCCUACACACACACACACACACACACACUACGCUUACUUACGUACACCCAGACAGACAGAGAGACAGAUGCAUUUCGAGAACCGUCCGUGUGUGUAUUUGUGUCGCUUUCUGUGCUCCAGGCAUUGCUGGAGACCUCAGACAGACAGACAGACAUUCAAGCAGGUCGGCCUAUGUAUGUGAAGGAAGAAAGGGAGUCGAGUCAGCCAGUUUGUUUUUCGUUUGUUGGUUUGUUGGUGCGGGGUGCGGUGGGGUAGGGUGCGGGGGUGUCCGGUAGGACACACAAAUACACACAUCGCCCCGGGCCAUUCCAUUCCCCGACACACACACACACGGAUGGAUGGAACAAACCAGACAGCCAGACAGACGGCUACAGACAGACAUUCGUGACUGACGUGCAAUGCCAUGUAAUGGUAUGCAAUGGCUGGAUGGAUGUUAUAAACCUCUCCACUCUCUAUCACACGCCAUCGAUGGAUGCUACACAAAAAACACAAGAAAGACCACACUCAAUGCAAUCAAUCACCCGCCAGCCGACGGACGCUUCAAACACCCCCUCCCUCCCUCCCUCCCUCCCACCCGUCACACGCGCACUCUGUAGCAUGCACGCAGGCAGCGGCACGGUACGCCCCCUCCUCUCUCCCUCACUCAGUCAGCCAUCGGUCAGGCUGUGUCGCAGCGGGCCCUGGCCGCGAUGUCAUCCGCCAGCAGAUCAGGACUCGAUUGACUGCACUCACUCACCACACACCGACACAGACAGAGGGAAGCCGUGGAAAGUUAUGAUAAAGGUUGCAGGAUGCCUGCCUCUGUUUGCUGACUGACCUUCUCAUUCGCCUGAUGCGCGCCCGCUCCAUCAAGGGCCAGCACGAUUCACCAACACUGAAUGCCCAGACGCACGCAGAAGGAGGGAGACCCCCGUCCAGCCUUCGUCUCUCUCUUAUAUGAUGCAGGCUUACUUGUCGGCUGGUUCCCAGGUGUGUCUGUCCCACCCCGCCCACUUGAUGAGGUACCACGACUGCAUCGACUCGGGCUCCCAGUGGUAGUCCAAUAUGUCCUGACAGACAUGACAAUGGCAAGGCCAACACGCACACAGACACAGACACAACCAUACCCACACCACCAUGAGCCCACUGGCCAUGAGCCCACACAGCCUUGCCCUCGACUGCCUGCCCUUCUUAUGCUCACCUCGACAGCGUACGCCUCGAGCGGCUCCCCUUCCUCCACAUCUGGCCUCACCGACACACCCACAGCCACAGCCACACUGCCGUUCUUGGCGUCACCACACCCAUUGCUGCCGCCGGCGACAAUGGGCUCCUCGCGCACGUCGCUGUUGUCGCGACGGCCCCUGGUGACCUCCACACUGAACGACACGGGGCUGCGGACGCCGCGGCCAUCCUGCUCAUCUGCGUGUGCGGCCGUGUGGGUUUUCAUGUUGGGCGCGACUUUCCAGCGGGGCGGAAGCACCACCUCCUCGCAAGACGUCUCCUGCACACAGCAGAAACAAAGACGAAAGAACGCACACACAAGCACUGCAGCCCACCCAGCGCAUCAGCGGAGGAGUCUCUCUCUCGCCCUGUCUGUUGUGGCGCGUUAGCCGACCUGGCUGUCGAAUACGGGCAGGCUGUCUUCGCAUCGAGCAGGGAUGGAGGAACCCAUAUCUAUCUGCGACAAGUGAGCGUUGAGAGAUCUGCAGACCGACUGGCGAAUCUUUCGGCCGAAACGAUCAGAAGACGUUGAGGCCGUGAACCGACUGCUUAACAACAGCGGCAGCAGAGAACGGGAGGCAAAAACCUCCCUGUGGUGCACCUUAGUCUGCUACUCUGCCACACCCUUCGAUUUCCA